AUGACAACCCCAGUCUGGCUCAUCACUGGAAGCUCCAACGGCUUCGGUCUACUUCUUAGCUUGAGAGCUUUGAAGGCUGGCCACAAAGUCAUCUCAACAGUACGAGACACCACUAGAUCAGCUGAUGCUGUCAGCCAAAUCGAAAAAGCUGGUGGGAAGAUCAUCACUCUCGACAUGACUGAGCCUAAAGCAAGCAUCACCGAAAAAGUCCUGGACGCAGAGAAGGUUUAUGGACGAAUAGACUAUCUAGUCAACAAUGCUGGAUAUUCUUGCUUGGGAGCCGUUGAGCUAUUCACGGAGGCCGAGGCCGAACAUCAAAUCCAGACCAACCUGUUCGGUCCCCUCUAUGCACUUCAAGCUGCCCUUCCCGGCAUGCGAAGCCGUGGUUCAGGAACCAUCGUCAACUUCAGCAGUAUCGCUGGUCAAGAUGCUCUGCCAAGUUGCGGACUCUAUAGUGCAAGCAAAUUUGCCCUCGAGGGUUUGACUGAGAGUUUAUCUAAGGAAGUCAAGGAGUUCGGUAUUAACGUUCUGAUUGUAGAGCCUGGAGCAUUCCGCACCAACUUCCUCGACGCUAGUGUCAAGAGCAACAUAUCAGUCGAGAAGGCGUAUCAGGGUACUUUGCUAGGGGAAACAUACACCAAGUUUGCCAACUCGUCAGGAAAGCAACGCGGAGAUCCCAACAAGGGAGUGGAAAUCAUUUACGAAGUUGCUACAGGGGAAGGAAAGGCAGGCCACCUCAAGGGCAAGAUCUUGAGGUUGCCGUUGGGCGAAGACUGCUUUACACGUUUGGGUACCAAGCUUCAAUCUCUUCAUCACGAUCUUGAUGCAACUCGCGAGAUUGGCACCACAACUGAUCUGGAGAAGUAG